GAUCCGAAAUUUUUUUUUUUUGAUCAUCCAGAUCCGAAAAUCACUCUCCAUCUCUCUCUAGAAUUUCUGUAUCACGAUACGUUGUCAAAUCUCCCUCUUGGAUUAUCGGAAUUCAGUUGGUGCAAUAUCUUCGGUCGUCCGUUGCUGGGAUUCCAACUCAAUCAAUCAAAGGCUCGACUCAAUUGGCUUUAGGAAAUUUCUGAUCCCUAAUUCACGCCCACCCCUCAUUCCGUUAACCUACUUCGAGAUUGCAAUUUCUCGUUUGUUUGUGGCUUGCAUUCUCGAUUCUGUAUCAAUGUGCAUUUACAUUGAUCGAAUUGCAUCUUGGUUGAUAGUAGAUUCGUAUUUUAUUUGCACGUUGUUGCGAAUUUUGUACCUGGACUAGGGUUUUGCACGAUCAGCAAACCGAUUUUUUUUUUAUCCGCGAUCAUCAAACCGAUUGUUAGUGUGUUUUAUUAUUACGGGGUGCGGUGGCCUCCCUGCGCCCUUCCUUGAAUCCGACAUUGGUUUUGCUGACAAGCUUUUGAUUGAAUAUUUAUUAUUGUGAGGAUUGAAGUUGUUGAUGAUCUGGGAACAAUUUCGUGGAAUUCGAGCAUUGGUUUCAUCAAUUUCCAGCACUAACCCAUUUGGAAACUUCAUAUUGAGGUGCAAUUGUUUCGUUGGUAGUGCAUAUUAGAUGGUACAUUGAUUCAGAUUGAAGAAUCCAUUGGGGGGGGGGGGGGGGGGGGGGGGGGGGCGGGCGCAACGUCUCAUGAGUUGUGGCCAAGUAGGGUUUUUGUGUGGAGAGUCAAAUUAGGGGACUGUGAAUUUGGUGCACCAUGGGCUGCAUUUGCUCAAAGGGAGGAACUUCUGAUGUUGAUAACCAUGUGAGAGAGAAAGAAUCCAAGAAAUCGACCAAGAGGUUUGUUGCUUCCGCUAGGAGAGAUGAAGUUAUAGUUGAGGUUGAUAAUGGCGGCAAUGAAGCAACUGCAAGGCUUAUAUCAACAGAGGUCACUUUGGAGAAUGUUUUCAACCCAACAGUGUGGGAUGAGGGGGACAAGAAGAAGGCCUUGGUUGUUGACAAACCCAAUUUGCAAAAACGUGCGACAAUGGAAAAUGGUGGUGUGAGCUGUGGACCCUCACAGAUAUCUCGGGUGUUUAGCAUUAGUGGUGGAGUUGAUGGAGCACAAGUUUCUGCUGGGUGGCCUUCUUGGCUGACUGCAGUGGCUGGGGAAGCUAUCAAAGGGUGGGUACCUCGAAAGGCAGACUCAUUUGAAAAAUUGGACAAGAUUGGACAAGGGACUUACAGCAGUGUCUACAGGGCACGUGACCUUGAGACUGGAAAAAUUGUUGCCUUAAAGAAGGUCCGUUUUGUUAACAUGGACCCAGAAAGUGUUCGUUUUAUGGCAAGAGAAAUCCUUAUUCUGCGUCGACUUGAUCACCCAAAUGUCAUGAGGCUUGAAGGACUGGUCACUUCGAGGGUGUCAGGCAAUUUAUACCUUGUAUUUGAAUAUAUGGAGCAUGAUCUCGCUGGACUUGUGGCAUCACCCAAUGUCAAGUUUACUGAACCACAGAUCAAAUGUUACAUGCAGCAGCUAUUUUGUGGACUAGAACACUGUCACAGCCGUGGGGUACUCCACCGUGACAUCAAGGGCUCAAACCUUCUGAUUGACAAUAAAGGAAAUCUGAAGAUAGGUGAUUUUGGGUUGGCAACAUUUUGCCGCCCCAGUCCAAAACAACCUUUGACAAGUCGUGUAGUGACGCUGUGGUAUCGACCACCUGAGCUUUUACUCGGUGCUACAGAUUAUGGAGUUUCUGUUGAUUUGUGGAGUGCUGGUUGCAUUCUCGCUGAACUCUAUUCUGGGAAGCCAAUCAUGCCUGGAAGAACAGAGGUGGAACAACUUCAUAAAAUAUUCAAACUUUGUGGCUCACCUUCUGAUGAAUAUUGGCAAAAAUCAAAAUUGCCACAUGCAACUAUAUUUAAACCUCAACAUCCUUACAAGCGUUGUGUUGCUGAGACAUUCAAGGACUUCUCUCCUUCAGUUUUAGCUUUUUUGGAUGUUCUCCUUGCUUUUGAACCUGAGCAUCGGGGAUCGGCUUUUUCUGCACUUCAAAGUGAGUUCUUUACAACAAAGCCUCUUCCUUGUGAUCGAUUGAAUUUGCCGAAAUACCCACCAAGCAAGGAGUUUGAUGUGAAGCUUCGAGAUGAGGAAACAAGAAGGGAAAGAGCAGGCGCAAGUAAAGGUCAUGCACAUGAAUCUUCCAGAAAGGGGUCCAAAGAAUCUAAAGCAGUGCCGGCACCAGAUGCUAAUGCAGAGUUGCAGGCGUCCAUAGUGGUAUUUCCUUAUUCCAAGCGACAAGGGCAGUCAAACCCUAAAUGCAACAGUGAACAGUUCAAUCCAGGAGAGGAUGGGGGUUCCAGCUUCCAUAUGGAGCCGUCCAGAGGAACACCACAAGACGCUGUCUCCCGAUCUGCCCAACUGGUCAAACCUGGUGCUUUUGGAUCUUUGAUUAAUGAAGGUGAAGCUUCGAUGGAUUCUCAACAAUCACUUGGUUCGUUAAAGAAUGGUCCAGUAUUGAGGACACACAAAUCUUUCAGAUCUCAGGGAUUAGGCCAGUUCUCCCGGUUUUCCAAUUCUGUUGCGGUUCGCGGUAGUUCGCGAUUUGAUAUGAGCAGAGAGACAAGUGGGAAUCCACAUUGGCCGGAAGAGCGUCUCCAUGGCAGAUACAAUGAACUUGACGAUGCUGGGUCCUCUGUCGGCCAUGAUUGGUCCCACCAUUUGCUUGAGGUGCCAAAGUCUUAUAAGAAAGAUGAACAGGCACCUGGAAAGGAGUCUACAAGGGUUCAUGCUUCGAAGAAAAAUCGGAUACACUACUCAGGACCAUUGCUUCCUCCUGGUGGAAACAUAGAGGAAAUGCUCAAAGAGCAUGAAAAACAGAUCCAACAUGCUGUUCGCAAAGCUCGUCUUGACAAGACAAAGACCAAGAAAAUGCACGGAGAUAAUGGACAAAGUGAAUCACUUCUGCACUAUGGAAACGGCCGGUAACAUUUCACAGUAACUUUGAUUCUAAAACUCCAUUGGGAUUUCAGGUAGUUCAUUGGAUAGGGGAGGGCUCAAAUUUCAAGGACCUUCGUGUCUCAGUGAUGCCGGAAUACCCAUUUGCUCAAAUUUCAAGGACCUUCGUGUCUCAGUGAUGCCGGAAUACCCAUUUGCUAUAUGCUACGUAUGCUUCAAAAGUGCUAACCUUAGAAAAGGAUAAUGGAGUAUAAUUUUUGAGUAGUCCAGAAGCGAAAGAGAAUCCUUGCAUUUUCGCCCAAUAAGGUGUAGCCAUGGUCACUGAUAUUGACAGACUGAUUGAUGAUUCAAUCGCGAGGGGAAGGGAUGCUUUGUUGAUGGAGAUAUUUAUGUACAGCUGAAAGCUGGUUUUACUCAAAAUCUAAUUUUAAAUCAGUUAAUGUAAAGGCUAGUCCAUUUAGUUUCCA